UCAGGUUAUCUUAUCAGACGAGAUCCGGAUAGUUUGAGGAGGAGCCAUGGCGAUGUGUGCGGGGAUAUGGAUGCUCCUGCUGAGCCUGCACGUCCAAGCUGGAAACGGGCAGAUGGUGCAGAUGGACUCCAUCAAGUCCGGCUUCGUGGGCUCACAAGUGGAGCUGCGCUGCAUCUUCAUCAACAGCAACCCGCCGGUUAAGAUCUCCCAAGUCACCUGGCAGAAGCUCCUCAACGGCACCAAGCAGAACGUGGCCAUAGCCAACCCGGCCCUCGGCGUGUCCGUCCUGCCGCCCUUCAAGGAGCGCGUCACCUUCAAGCAGGCGGCGGUCCGCCACCGCACGCCCUCCCUGGAGGACACCACCAUCGUGUUCUCCAGCCUGCAGCUGUCCGACGAGGCUGCGUACAUCUGCGAGUAUACCACGUUUCCUGCAGGAAACCGGGAGAACAUGGUCAACCUGACUGUAUAUGCUCGGCCUAUGACACGCAUGACCUUGACAACGCCCACGAUCGUGGCCAGGGCCUCCAAACGCAAGAUGACCGUUGCAACUUGCCUGUCAGCCAACGGGAAGCCCCCGAGCGUGAUCAAAUGGGACACCAGGUUGAAGGGCGAAGCCACCUUCCAGGAGAUACGCAACCAAAACGGGACGGUGACGGUACGGAGCAACUACGUGGUGGUGCCGAGCCGCGAGACCCACAAGCAGAAGCUCACGUGCAUCGUGACGUACCGGGAUGAAAGGAUCACAGACAGCGUGGUGCUUAACGUGCAGUAUGAACCUCAGGUGAAGAUCGAGGGCUUUGAUGGAAACUGGUUCCUGAACCGUCAGAAUGUUCAGCUGACCUGCAGGGCUGAUGCCAACCCCCCUGUCACCAUCUACCAGUGGAAACUCUUGAACGGCUCCCUGCCCAACAAUGUGGAGAUCAGGAACAACACCCUGUUCUUCAAGGGGCCGGUGACCUACGACCUGGCCGGCACUUACGUCUGCGACGCGACCAACGGCAUCGGGACCCACACCGGCAUCGUGGACGUCAACAUCACAGAAUUCCCUAACAACUCGUACACUGAAGGCGAUGAGAUCCCGAAGGAGCAGCACAAUGCAGGUGCCGCCAUCGGGGGCGCUGUGGUGGGAGUGGCCCUGUUGGGCUUGGCGGCCAUACUGCUCUUCGUAUUCCUGCGCCGCCGCCAGCGCACCUUCAAGGGGGACUACAGCACCAAGAAACACGUGUUCGGUAACGGGUACAGCAAGGCUGGCGGCCUGCCCGCCCACCCGCCCAUCCCCAAGAACCUCCAGUACCCGGACGACUCGGACGACGAGAAGAAGCCAGCCCAGAUCGGCGGCCGGGGGUUCGAGGCGAGCGAGCGCGAUUUUGACGGGGAGCAAGAGGACCUGAAGAGGCCCUAUUUCACUGUGGGAGGGGAGAGCCGAGAUUAUGACGAGCGGACUCUGGCUUUCCAGUAUGACCCUGAACCUGAGAUAGCCGACGAUAUGAUCUCUCAAACCGACGGCUCUGUCAUUUCUAAGAAAGAGUGGUACGUGUAGUGGCAUGCAGCAACCAAACCAAACCCUUCCACCCCCCACCCCACCCCCACCUGCAUUCCACUGUACCCUUCACCUC